AUGGGCAACCUCAUCUCAUACCAGCCGCCCCCGGGCGGCGUGGUGUGCAACCACUGGGAGGUGGACAUGGCCGAGCCGCAGGCCAUCACGGCGGUCAUCCUCUGGCCCCUGGCCGGGGCCUACCUCAUCGGCAUGGUCCUGCUGCUGGUCAACCGCAACACCCGUGUCAUCGAGGCCCGAUCGCCCUUGAACCUCAUCGUGUCGAACCUCCUGUCGCUGCUGCUGCACAUAUGCAUGUGCUUCAAGCUGCUGCUCCCCACCACCUGGCCAUGCCUCUUCCACCUGUACGACUCGUCGCUGCUGGUGAAUGCCAUCUGCCACCUGUACCUGGCACGCAUGUGGUGGCUGGCCACGCGGAACUGGAACACCGAGCGCAAGAAUGCCACCUCCCGGCGCACGCGCGCGGCCCAGGGCCUGGCCCCGGUGCCGUUGGUCACGUCGCGGGCCCUGCGCGCGCGCCUCAAGAAGCGCCGGGCCUCCGGCGGGGCCGGCCUCCUCGGCACCGACGAGCAACACACCAUGCCCGGGGCCCCGGCCGGCGGGUCGCCCCCGCUUCCGGGGAUCUUGGCCAUCGACGGCCCCGGCGGCUUCGGCAGCAGUCACCACCACCACCACCACCACCACCCCUCGGGCGCCGGAAACAUGAUCCCCCUGCGGCCGAUGUCCACCGGCACGCACCCGGGCAGCCCGGAUGUCGGGAGCAUUUCGACGGCCUCCUCAUCCGGGUUCUCCACCCCGGCCGGCGGGUCGUCCCCGCACCAGCCCCCCGUCAUCGAGGCGCAGGAGGACGACCACCUGGUCAAGACCGCCGACUCGGACUUCGGCAUGCUCACCGACAGCACAUACCCCCCGGGGGUGGGCUCCACCGCGGCGGCCCUCGGCCACAAGCCGCCCCCCUCGCAGCAGCAGCAGCAGCAGCACCGGCCGGAGUCGCGGCUCUUCUUCCCGACCCCGGGCGGCAUGUCGCUGACCGGGGCCGGGGCCGGGUCCUCGGCCGGCAGCCAAUUGGACCUGGAGUACGGGUCCAUCCCGGCCGAGCAGCUGGUGGUCGUCGAGCAAAGUGACCCGGAUGCCGUGUACUUCCUCGGGUCCUUCCCGGAGGACCCGUGGUACCUGCGCCUGCGGUACCGGCUGAUGUUCGCCUCGUCGCGGCUCAUCCGCGCGGUGCUCCUCGGCACCUUCCUGGUGUCCAUCCUGCCGACGCUGCUCUUCACGCCGCGCGUCAUGCCGGACAAUGCCCCGCGCUUGCAUUGCGACGGGUGCGACCUGACCCUGCCCUUUGCGGUGCUCAUCGUGGAGAUCGCCAUCUAUGUGGCCCUGUUCAUUUGGUUCAGCACGCGCUUCGCCCGCAUGGCCGAUGACAACUUCAAGAUCAAGCUGGUCUUCCGGUGGGAUGCCAUCAUCGCCGGGUGCGGGGCCGUCCCGUGGCUGGUCUUCUCCGUGGCCUUCAAGAACUGGAACAACUAUGUCUACCGCAUGUCGGCCGUCCUGCCGGUGCUCUUCCUCAUUUGCCUCUUCGGCCUGGACACGGUGGCCCCGCUGGUGCUGUCCCGCCGGGAUGAGCGCUUCCUCCGGUCCAGCCGCCGGAACUCCGGCGCCAUCGAGCAGUCGGUCGAGCUGCUCCUGCUCCUGUCCAGCGAGGUCGGCGUCCAUGCCUUCAAUCAGUUCCUCUGCCGGGAGUUCGCCAUCGAAAACCUCAUCUUCUGGCAGGUGUGCAAUGAGUUCCGCGACCAGUGCGACGCCCCGGGCGCCGAUCCGGCCCAGCUGUAUGCCCGCGCCAUGGCCAUCCACUAUUCGCACAUCCGCGCGGAGUCCGACCUCCAGGUGAACCUCACCCACGAGGUGGUCAAGGAAAUCAACUCCCGGCUGAAUGAGGCCCGCAAGCUGGCCGGUCGCCAGGAGGUGUCGGCCUCGGUCGGGACGGCAUCGCCAUUCGGCGGCGCCACGGCCACCACCAUGGCCACCCCCACCACCAGCCACGACUCGCUGGCCAACCUGCCGCCGGUGCCGGCGGCGCCGCCGGCGCCCGGCGAUGAGGCCGCCCCCCCUGGCCAUGGUGCCAGCCACAGCAUGUCGCAGCUCCACCGGUCGACCACCACCAUGGCCAACGCCCCGGCCGGUGCCGGUGCCGGCGACCGGCCCGACCCCGUGCUGGACCCGAUCACCGCGCGCAGCAUCUUCACCCGGGCGCAGAAGGACAUCUUCACUCUCAUGCUGCAGGACAGCUACCCGCGCUUCCUGCAGUCGUCGGACUUCGACGACCGUUGCCGCGCGGCCCUCAACCAGCUGAAGGCCAACUUCACCGAUGGCGAGUCGUCGCACGGCGGCGCCGGGCCGCUCGGCAGCAGCCACUACCAUCGCCACGGUGCGAGCAUGAGUGUCGCCGCCGCCACCGGUGGCGGUGGUGGUGGCGGUGUCGCCGGCGGCAGCAGCGCCCUGGCCACCGACCGCAGCAGCUCCAUGGUGUCCCUCCCGAACAUUGCCUCUGGCACGGUGGCCGGCGCUUCCCCUGGUGGCGGCGGCGGCGGCAGCCACGGCUCGGCCGGCAGCAGCAGCAGCAGCAGCGGCGGGAGUGGCAGCACCAAGCGCGGGGCGGCUGCUGCCCCCUCCGGUGCCGAGUCCCCGCCCACCGGCGUGGGCAAGAUCUUCCAGCGCAUGUCUCGCCAGCGGUCCGCGCACUUUGACGAGGCGCCUGCUGCCGUGCCGGCCGCCGGCCCGGGCCAGUCUCCCAACUCGCCGGCCCUCAGCGAUGUGCUGACCGACAGCGCCAGCGGCGGGGCCGUCAACACCUCCACCUCGGGGGAUGUGCUUCUGGGCACGACCGACUCUUCGCCAUUCUGA